AGUAUGACUGUUUAUAUAAAACGGCCGAGAGUGACAGGAACGGAUACCGAUUGAAUGUACCGACAGACGGCACAAACUUCUAAUCUGCUGCUGCCAAAAAGAUUCAAGCAACCGUAGCAGAGUUGCGCGCGGGUUUGGAUCUGAUACGUACGUACCAGUUAAGAACAAGGAACAAAUCCUACGCCGUACUUACACGUACUGGGCUCGCCGGAAAGCUGACGUGAACUUGUGGAAUAUGACGAUGAAUUACAAGGACACUGAGCUGACCUUGGGAUUACCUGGUGGUGGAAGCCGUGGUUGUUCAACAGGUGUAGUGGUCUUCGGAGAGUUGAUGAAGAGCUCGAUGAAACGUGGGUUCAUGGAUACCGAUGAUGAUCUCAACAACCUUGACCUGGAAAGCUCUAAUGGCGAGCCUCGUGGCCAAGCUAAAUUGGAUGAUGGGCCGUCGAUGGAAGCAGCUAAGUACUCUUCCAGUAGUACCAGUACUACUGCCGUGAAAGCCCCAACUGCAAAGGGUCAAGUAGUUGGGUGGCCGCCGGUGAGAUCGACGAGAAAUAAGGCCUUGGCCUCGAAGAACUUGAAGAACAACAGCAGCAGUAAAUAUGUGAAAGUGGGUGCUGAUGGAGCUCCUUACCUGCGGAAAGUAGAUUUAGAGAUGUAUAAAAGUUACGAGGAGCUAUUAACAGCCUUGGAGAAAAUUUUCACUUCCUUCACCAUAAACGGUAAGUACAUGGAGGAUGAUAGGAAGCAACAGAUGCUUUUUAUGGAGCAUGGAGUAGUGAAUGGAACAGUGGAAUAUAAUCAAUAUGUGCUGACAUAUGAAGAUAAGGAUAAUGACUGGAUGUUAGUUGGAGACGUUCCUUGGAAAAUGUUUAAAGAUUCGUGCAAGCGUAUCCGGUUGAUGAAAAGUUCAGGAGCUGCGGUCAGAAAUUGAUAUGAUCGAUCCAAGUACUAAAGAUUCCAGUUGAUCAUCGAUCACACGUACAGGAUCCAUCAUAUAUGGUGAUCGGUGAUAUAUAUGUAGAUAUAUAAGAGACCAGAGACGUCCCUACUUUCAGUAUUUUUUCUGUGCUAAGUCGAGAAUAUGAUGAUCAUCAUUGUACUUUUUUAAUUAUGUUUUUGCAGUAGUGCAUCUAUAUUUUUGUAAAUACACGACUGAUUCAGUGAUUGCUUAGGAGUAUGAUUUACUUAAAACACGCCCGAAGGUAUGAAUGAUAGUGAUUUUGUCUAAAAGUGAAAUUGUAAAGGUGUGAACCUCAUUUUACGAGUUUGUCAAUAUUGUUGUUAUCGUUUUAA